GAAUAUUCCGGAAGUUCUUCUCAGAUACAGUCGGAAGGCAUCUACGAUGACUGACUCGAUUCUUUGGUGGGGAAGUGGAAGCGUGCCUUGUUGGCGAGCUAUGCUUGCUCUAGAAGAAAAGAGAGUAAAGUAUGAUGGCAGAUUGAUCAGUUUUGACAAGAAUGAAACGAAGGGACCAGAUGUCAUGAAAUACAAUCCCAGAGGAGAGGUUCCAACAUUUGUGGAUGGCGAUGUUGUCGUUAAUGAGUCGAUGGCAAUUUGCGACUAUCUUGAGUUCAAGUACAAUGAUCAAGGGAACAGACUUCUACCCACAGACGUCAAGGAGAGGGCAGUGGUCUUACAGAGGCAAUACGAGGCACUCAACUUGUUUAAAAAGGGCCUGGAGCAACUCAUAUACGAACUCAUGGAAGACUCGCCAGAUCUACAGGACCAGGAGACACUGAAGGCGCGCUUACAGGUGUUAUCAGAUGAGCUGAAACUGUGGGAAGGCUAUUUGCAGACGUCCGAGGGUUACAUUGCUGGUCAAAGUUUCACCAUGGCGGAUGUGAUGUUCUUCCCACUUGUUGCUUUCCUUGUGAGAUUAGGGCUGCAGUUAAAGAAGUACCCAAACAUAAAUAAGUAUUAUGAAAACUUGGUGACGAGACCAUCGGUGAAAGCAACAUGGCCACCUCAUUGGGUUGAUUCUGUCGGAAAAGACUGGUUGAAAGAUGCUUAGAUUGCUGGAGAUGAGACAGGAGAUCACAUUUUAAUAUUAUCUAGUCAACAGCGGACAUUAUUAUCUCCUGCACCUCUAGUUUUGAAAGUCAAAGCACUACUAGCUGACAAAGAUUUGAUAGGGUAUUUGCAUGGUUUUUCAAAAUUUGUAAUAUUACGAAGAAAAAAAAAUGUAUACGGCACAAAAGCAAACUAGCUAAAAAUUGCUGAGUAGUAUUGUUAUGAAUAUAGACUAGAGAACGAUGGUUAAUGGGUCCAUUGCUCUGCUGUAGCAACAUAUCUCAUGUGUUAGUUCGAAUUUCGUUAGCAAUUGAUUCUGUAAAUAUUCAUCUGUAUACGGCCAAUAGAUGCUUGUAUUAUAAUUAUGUAUAUCCCGUUAAAUGCUUUGAUUUAUCAUUAAACUCUUAA